AUGCCUUCCGCCACUCUGCUCUCAUAUUCCCACCAUCAGCAAAAGGCCCUGUUCUGGGCAGGCAAGCCCACAGAUGUGAUUGGAAUCACUGGCUCCAUCUAUCUUUGUUACUGCAUUCUCAAGGACCGUGAUGGUCUGAAGAAGAAAGUUUUCCGGAGGCUGUUCCUUGCCGUCACCUUGGCUCAUAUCAUCUUGGUAUGCAUUCAUGUCCUCAGUACUAUCCCAACACCGGAAGGAUCUUUUUAUGGAUCCCUUGGGAGUAGGCAAAGUUGCAGUGCCAUUGGAUUCCUGAGUCACAUUGCCUAUACAAUGACAAUGGUCUACAAUGGGUCUAUUGGUAUCUACUACUACAUCGUCUUUACGUACAACUGGAGUGAUCAGACGAUCAAGCAAAAGGCUGAGCCCGUCUUCCAUGCCAUUGCUGCCAUAUACCCCAUUCUGGGACCAAUUUUUGGACUAGCCUUUGGAAUGUACAAUGCUGACCCAAUACUGCUACAGUGCUAUGCAGCCCCGGCUCCACUCGGAUGUGGUGAAGUGGAUGGCAUCUUAUGUGAACGAGGGCACCGCUUCCGAGGCCUCUUUGUGUGGCUCACUGGGUUUGUCGAGCUGAACUUGGGAACUGGGAUCAAGCUUGGAGCAGUUUUCAAAAUUCUGAUCACGGUCUGGUUGCAGCAGCGGAAGAAUAAGAAACGUUUUGAUGAAGGCAUCUCAGAUGGUGGUGUGCGGCGGAGCACUGCAGUGGAAGCAAGUCAGAAAAUCCCACAAAAACAACCAGAACGGAAGAAAAUGACCAAAACAACAGCUCUUAUCUAUGAAACUUUUUGGCAGAGUAUUUGGUUUGUUUUGAGCUGCUUCAUACCAUAUUGUGUGGGGUUGAUAGUAAAAAUGGUGGAUCUCUUCUGGACGAGGAUCCCUGAAGACCGCAAGGCUCCUGGUUGGCUAUUUAUCCUCACCUUUAUCAGUAAUGUCUUGUUUCCCAUGCAAGGGGUCUUCAACACACUUAUCUAUCUACGGCCCAAUUUCAUGAGACGCCGACGAACACAUGGUGGCAAGGAGAGUGUGUGGCAAUGUGCCAAGGCAACAGUCUACACUGCAGCAGGUUUUGACUAUCAGGGCAACACAAAAAAGUCAAAAAAGAGUACAGAGUUGGAUCCUACCAGCCUUCGGAGCAGCCGUGAGUCAGCGACAAUGGACCAUCGUAGCGGCCUCAAGAGUCGCACAUCCAUUCGGAGUAGCAGCAAGAGGUUUUCCGCAGAUAUCUCCUCAUCUAACCAGCCCAGUCACGUUACCACGGACAAUACCAGUGUGGCCAAUGGGUUGGAUAUACAUCAAUCAAGACUGGUGAAUGAAGCAACAGAGAUGAAGGAAAGCUUUUCCCAAGAGAUCGUUGAUGAUGCGUGCGACGGUAAGCCUGCACUUCACGGAAACGGGGAGAUUGAGCAAACAAGGAGAACAGCUUCGGAGGGACACGUUGUACCCGAAGAACCAGGACGGGACGAGGAAGUGCGACAGGGACCACCAGAGAAUCGAGACAAAAUGGAUUAUUAUGACGAUGAUGAACCUUCCCUACCAGCAGAUGGCCAUCUGUCUGGGCUAUUUGAACCCGAUGAUUCAGAGAGUGGCGCAUGA